AUGGAAUUGGAUUCCCUAUGCAAACAAUGGAACACAACAUUAGAUAUUGACGAGGAGAAUUUAGAAAUUGUUUCCGAGUCUCAAAAUCAUCCUCGUCUCUCCCUGUAUAAAAAUCAAGGUCGUGCUGUUGACCAAGAAAGACGUUGGCGUCAACAACUUGCUAAGCUUAGAUCAAAGAAACACCGAUCAAAUCACUUUGACUGUAAUCGUUUUGCCUUGAACGACGACGAUGAAAACUUAAAAAAACAUCCAUGGGCGGCGUCAAAUGAACCAUCAGGCUGUCGUAAAAUAAAAAGUUGGCGGUGUCAUUCCAAAUUUCUUAUGCUAGCCGAAUGGCUUUUAUUUAUGCCGCCUAAUUUCACUGAGGAAUAUUCACUGAAACUUUGUCCUAAAGGCCGGCAUGUAUUUGUUAAGGCGUCUGAGGGUGAGACGAAAGUAUACACGAGAAAUGGACAUCAUUUUUUGUCGACUAUUUCAAGGCUUCCAGGUGGUGGUUUGGGUCAAAGUGAUAGACAAAACUCUUCAUAUAUGACACUACUAGAUUGUAUCUUAUGGUCUUCAGAAGAUAAUGUCGAUGUCAAUUGUGAAUCACAAGUAUUAGUUCAUCAGUUUCAUGUGAUUGAUAUCAUCUAUAUGAGAUCUACAGCUUAUUCUCAACUAUCUUUUCGUGAACGAUCUCAGUGGAUGGAAACCUAUCUUAAACAACAAAUAGAAGAGUUUAGUGAAGGUGAUCCUGUCCACUUUCAUAUCGUCCCAUCGCAUAGAUGUGAUACAGAAUCGAUGCAAAAUGCAUUCUCAUCAAUGCCAUCCUAUGAGGUAGAUGGUGUUCUCUUUUACCAUGACGAUGUUAAUUAUGAACCUGGAGCAACUCCCCUUGUAAAUUGGUUAAAGCCUUACAUGCUACCAGAAUGGUUCCCCAAUAUUAAAUUUCAUUCCGAUUUUAUGAAGAAUAUGCCUAGUGACUAUACUGA